GGGUAGGCGGCUGGGGGUUGGGGGGGGGCGGCCCUGAAUAGGGGCUGUGGCGGUACGUGGGGUUACGGCUGCGGUGGCUGCGGGACUGGCUAGAAACUACUAAAUUUCCUCUGGGAUCAAAAAGAAUUUUAUAAGAACAUAAUGGAUGGAGAGGAAAAAAACUACGGUGGCUGUGAAGGCCCUGAUGCUAUGUAUGUGAAAUUAAUAUCUUCCGAUGGCCAUGAAUUCAUUGUAAAACGAGAACAUGCAUUAACAUCAGGAACAAUAAAGGCCAUGUUGAGUGGUCCAGGUCAGUUUGCCGAGAAUGAAACCAACGAGGUCAAUUUUAGAGAGAUCCCUUCACAUGUGCUAUCGAAAGUGUGCAUGUAUUUCACCUACAAGGUCCGCUAUACUAACAGCUCCACUGAAAUUCCUGAAUUCCCAAUUGCACCUGAAAUUGCACUGGAACUGCUGAUGGCUGCGAACUUCCUAGAUUGUUAAAUAAAAUAAAUUAUAAUAAACUGUUAAUUUUUUUUUCAGUAUUUAAUACCUGUAGUUCAGUUAGUAAUUUUUUCACAUAGCAUGUUGCCUGUAUGAAAUUGAACUCUAAAGUUAAUUGCUGUCAUUUGCAUAGCAGAGUUGAAAUUUGUUUGCUACAUCAACAAAAUAAGGAUGUCUCACAAGCCAAAAAAUAAAUAAUGCCAGUUUCUAGGUGGAUGUGACCUUUAAAAUUAUAAGUGAUAUAGCAAAUCCUGGAAUGUAAGCUUAAAUGAAUAUUCAACAGUUAAAUACAGGGGCUUUUUAUGUUUUAGUGUUUUCUUUAAGAACCAGUUCUGAUCUUAAGCCACUGAACAUUACUAGAGUUAUGCAAAUAAUUACAUGGAAAACAUGUUUAUAACUUAGCCAAACCUUGAUUUUUGUAACUCAAAGAAAAAGAGUUGAAAUUUCUUAUGUCUUUUUUGAUAAACUGCAGUAUUGUUUAAGUGCAUCUUGUGUUUUGUUUAUUGUCACAAUUCAAAUACUUUAUUUAAAAGCAAUUUUGGAAGCUAACCAGGUAUCUUUUAGAAUAGUAACUGACUUGUCGCUGUCUAGUCAAGAAAAUGAUGGUUUAAGAGUCCUGUGCAUUGUGUUUGACCAUUCUGAAGUAUGACUUCUCGUGUCAGGGUUUAAGUUUGAAUUUUUUCUUCAUGGUCUCUUGGGGUGACACUUGUAUGAUGUUAAAGUGCCCUACACUACUUGGUGAGCUUGAUCUAGACUACUGUUCCUCCAUUACUGGAAUACUAUAAACAUAGUAAUGGAGGCAUGUGAGCCCUGUAAUGCUCAGUUACCACCAGAGCUGCCCUUCUAGCAUCGUCUAGCCAACCAUACUAACAACCAUGGGUCUUCUGAAGUCACAGUCAGCCUUUAAACUGAGCAGACAAAGCAUCUGAAUAAGUUGGCUAGAUUACUACCUUGGCACAGGAGAGCACUGAAGUGAAUGGGAUGGUGGGAUAUGGUUGCCUCCAGUGGCUGUCACGGGUCCAUCUGCAAGCCUAUAGCAUUCUUCCCAGGACUGGAAGCUGCAGAAAUCAUAACUUCUUAAAAAAAAGUCCACAUAUUACUUUCCAGCAUACAGGAAAUGGUUACAUGUAGACUGGUUAUUUUUAGUAAUGUUUCAAGGCAUGCUGGCAUGCAGCUUAGUACAGUUGUGAUGAAAGUACAGGAAUUGUUUCCGGCUGCAAGUCUUUGGAGCUCAGUGGUAGUGCUGCUAUGACAAGGCCCUCUAGCUAACAUAUCUGCUCUUUCUAUCAGCUCUAAUUAAAGGUCAAAAGACAGUAGCUAGAAAUAAAGUUAGCUUGAGACAGUUUUUGUAGGCUACUCUUGUGUUAGGUCCAGAGAUAACCUUAAAUUCACAUUAAAAUUGCAACACACUAGGCAAAUUUGUAUAUGGAACAGCAAAUGGUACAUUGUGUUAAUAAAGGAUGUAUUGACUGAAAAGGUCCAAUCAA